AUGCGAGACCUGGGGGGAGGGGAGCCAGAGGCUGUGAAGAUAGUGCAGGCAAGGUAGCCAGGAGGCCAGAGUGGGAAAACCAGUUGCACCGCCGGCGGAUCAGAACGUGAGAGGUAGAGGAAGCAGUAUGCUGAGAGAGAGGUUGUCACUAGCAGAGAAAGAGCUGCUGCCCUAGCAGGUAGUCACAGGGCCAGCAGGACAUGAGGGAAAGAGAGAGGGCAGCAGUGGCAGAGAAAGAGGGUGAGCCACUGUUGUAGUGGCGGUCACGGAGCCAGCCGGACCUGAGGUGGGGAGAGAGGUCGACACUGGCAGAGAGAGGGUAGCCACGGUCAUGUGCCAGUGGGACCUGAGGGAAAGGCGUGUUGGCGCCGACGAAGAUGGCGGCCUCGCGACUAGCUCUUAGGAAACCUAGCAGUAUUUUGUUUUUUUAUGUAUUAUUUUUUACAUUAUUAGCUCUGAAAGUGUUUUGCAUCAUUACAUACAGCCGGGAAAAACUAUUGGAUAUCAGAGUGGCGGUAACUCACCAGCAUUACGACCAGGAAUACGACUUUCCCGAAGCAGAUCCUUUGUUUGCUCUCCCCAGGGCAACUGAACUGAUUCCAGCGGCUGACCCAAAACAUCGCCGGCGGAGUAUUCUACUCGCUAAUGUUCAGUCUCUGGUUAACAAGCUCGGCGAACUACGGGCAAGGAUUUAUUUCCAGAGAGACAUCAAGGCCUGUAACAUACUCUGUUUCAUGGAAACAUGGCUCUCUCUGGAUAUUCUGUCGGAAUUGGUCCAGCCAGAUGGGUUCUCAGUUCAUCGCGCAGACAGGAAUAAAUAUCUCUCCGGGAAGCAGAAGGGCGGAGGUGUGUGUUUCAUGAUUAACGACUCAUGGUGUAAUUGUAGUAACAUACAGGAACUCGAGUCCUUCUGUUCACCCGACCUAGAAUAUCUCACAAUCAAAUGCCGAACAUAUUAUCUCCCAAGAUAAUUUUCUUCGGUUAUAGUCACGGCCGUGUAUAUCCACCCUCAAGCCGAUACCGCGACGGCCCUCAAAGAACUUCACUGGACCUUAUGCAAACUGGAAACCACAUAUCCUGAGGCUGCAUUUAUUGUAGCCGGGGAUUUUAACAAAGCAAAUUUGAGGACUAGGCUGCCGAAGUUCUAUCAACAUAUCGACUGUUGUACUCGCGCUGCUAAAAUCCUCUACCAUUGCUAUUCGAUCUUCCGGGAUGAUUAUAAGGCCCUCCCCCGCCCUCCUUUCGGCAAAUCUGACCACGACUCCAUUUUGCUUCUCCCUUCCUAUAGGCAGAAACUCAAACAGGAAGUACCCGUGCUAAGGACUAUUCAACGCUGGUCUGACCAAUCGGAAUCCACGCUUCAAGAUUGUUUUGAUCACACGGACUGGGAUAUGUUCCGGGUAGCUUCCGAAAAUAAUUUAGACGUAUACACUGAAAUGGUGACUAAGUUUAUCAGGAAGUGUAUAGGUGAUGUUGUGCCCACUGUGACUAUUCAAACCUACCCUAACCAAAAACCGUGGAUAGAUGGCAGCAUUCGCGCAAAUCUGAAAGCGCGAACCACCGCCUUCAAUCAUGGCAAGGUGACUGGGAAUAUGGCAGAAUACAAACAGUGUAGCUACUCACUCCGCAAGGCAAUUAAACUGGCAAAACAUCAGUAUAGAGACAAAGUGGAGUCGCAAUUCAAUGGCUCAGACACGAGACGAAUGUGGCAGGGUCUAAAGACAAUCACGGACUACAAAAGGAAAACCAGCCACGUCGCCGACACCGACGUCUCGCUUCCAGACAAGCUAAACACCUUCUUCGCCUGCUUUGAGGAUAACACAGUGCCACUGACGAGGCCCACUACCAAGGACUGUGGCCUCUCCUUCUCCAUGGCCGACGUGAUUAAGACAUUUAAGCAUGUUAACCCCCGCAAGGCUGCCGGCCCAGACGGCAUCCCUAGCCGCGUCCUCAGAGCAUGCGCAGACCAGCUGGCUGGUGUGUUUAUGGCAUAUUCAGUCUUUCCCUUUCCCAGUCUGCUGUUCCCACAUGCUUCAAGAUGGCCACCAUUGUUCCUGUACCCAAGAAAGCAAAGGUAACUGAACUAAAUGACCUUCGCCCUGUAGCACUCACCUCUGUCAUCAUGAAGUGCUUUGAGAGACUAGUCAAGGAUCAUAUCACCUCUACCUUACCUAUCACCCUAGACCCACUUCAAGUUGCUUACCGCCCCAAUAGAUCCACAGACAAUGCAAUCGCCAUCACACUGCACACUGCCCUAUCCCAUCUGGACAAGAGGAAUACCUAUGUAAGAAUGCUGUUCAUUGACUAUAGCUCAGCAUUCAUCACCAUAGUACCCUCCAAGCUCAUCAUUAAGCUCGAGGCCCUGGGUCUGAACCCAGCCCUGUGCAACUGGGUCCUGGACUUCCUGACGGGCCACCCCCAGGUAGUGGGUAGGAAACAACAUCUCCACUUCGCUGAUCUCAACACUGGGGCCCCACAAGGGUGCGUGCUCAGCCCCCUCCUGUACUCCCUGUUCACCCAUGACUGCGUGGCCAAGCACGCCUCCAACUCAAUCAUCAAGUUUGCAGACGACACAACAGUAGUAGGCUUGAUUACCAACAAUGACGAGACCGCCUACAGGGAGGAGGUGAGGGCUCUGGGAGUGUGGUGCCAGGAAAAUAACCUCUCACUCAACAUCAACAAAACAAAGGAGAUGAUCGUGGACUUCAGGAAACAGCAGAGUGUGCAUCCCCCUAUCCACAUCGAUGGGACCGCAGUGGAGAAGGUAGAAAGCUUCAAGUUCCUUGGCGUACACAUCACCGACAAACUGAAAUGGUCCACACACACGCAGACAGUGUGGUGAAGAAGGCGCAACAUAGCCUCUUCAACCUCAGGAGGCUGAAGAAAUUCGGCUUAGCACCUAAAACCCUCACAAACCUUUACAGAUGCACAAUUGAGAGCAUCCUGUCGGGCUGUAUCACCGCCUGGUACGGCAACUGCACCGCCCGCAACCGCAGGGCUCUCCAGAGGGUGGUACGGAAUGCCGAACGCAUUACCGGGGGCAAACUACCCACCCUCCAAGACACAUACAGCACCCGAUGUCACAGGAAGGCCAAAAAGAUCAUCAAGGACAUCAACCACCCGAGCCACUGCCUGUUCACCCCGCUAUCAUCCAGAAGGCAAGGUCCGUACAGGUGCAUCAAAGCUGGGACCGAGAGACUGAAAAACAGCUUCUAUCUCAAGGCCAUCAGACUGUUAAAUAGCCAUCACUAGCACAUUAGAGGAUGCUGCUACCUAUUGAAAUCACUGGCCACUUUAAGAAAUGGAACACUAGUCACUUUAAUAAUGUUUACAUAUCUUGCACUACUCAUCUCAUAUGUAUAUACUGCAUUUUAAUCCAUAAUAUUCUACUGUAUCUUAGUCAAUGCUGCUCUGUCAUUGCUUGUCCAUAUAUGUAUAUAUUCUUAAAUCCCAUUCCUUACUAGUUUUGCGUGUAUUGGGUACAGUUGACGUCGGAAGUUUACAUACACCUUAGCCAAAUACAUUUAAACUCAGUUUUUCACAAUUCCUGACAUUUAAUCCUAGUAAAACUUAUUAUUUUAAGAAUGUGAAAUGUCAGAAUAAUAGUAGAGAAUGAUUUCUUUCAGCUUUUAUUUCUUUCAUCACAUUCCCAGUGGGUCAGGAGUUUACAUACACUCAAUUAGUAUUUGGUAGCAUUGCCUUUAAAUUGUUUAACUUGGGUCAAACGUUUCGGGUAGCCUUCCACAAGCUUUCCACAAGCUUCCCACAAUAAGUUGUGUGAAUUUUGGCCCAUUCCUCCUGACAGAGCUGGUGUAACUGAGUCAGGGUUGUAGGCCUCCUUGCUCGCACACGCUUUUUCAGUUCUACCCACAAAUUAUCUAUAGGAUUGAGGUCAGGGCUUUGUGAUGGCCACUCCAAUACCUUGACUUGGUUGUCCUUUAGCCAUUUUGCCACAACUUUGAAAGUAUGCUUGAGGUCAUUGUCCAUUUGGAAAACCCAUUUGCGACCAAGCUUUAACUUCCUGACUGAUCUCUUGAGAUGUUGCUUCAAUAUAUCCACAUAAUUUUCCUUCCUCAUGAUGCCAUCUAUUUUGUGAAGUGCACCAGUCCCUCCUGCAGCAAAGCACCCCCACAGCAUGAUGCUGCCACCCCCGUGCUUCACGGUUGGGAUGGUGUUCUUCGGCUUGCAAAUUCCCCCUUUUUCCUCCAAACAUAACGAUGGUCAUUAUGGCCAAACAGUUCUAUUUUUGUUUCAUCAGAUCAGAGGACAUUUCUCCAAAAAGUAAGAUCUUUGUCCCCAUGUGCAGUUGCAAACCGUGGUCUGGCUUUUUUAUGGCGGUUUUGGAGUAGUGGCUUCUUCCUUGCUGAGCGGCCUUUCAGGUUAUAUCGAUAUAGGACUCGUUUUACUGUGGAUAUAGAUACUUUUGUACCUGUUUCCUCCAGCAUCUUGACAAGGUCCUUUGCUGUUGUUCUGGGAUUGAUUUGCACUUUUCGCACCAAAGUACGUUCAUCUCUAGGAGACAGAACGCAUCUCCUUCCUGAGCAGUAUGACGGCUGUGUGGUCCCAUGGUGUUUAUACUUGCAUACUAGUUUAUACUAGUUUGUACAGAUGAACGUGGUACCUUCAGGCGUUUGGAAAUUGCUCCCAAGGAUGAACCAGACUUGUGGAGGUCUACAAUUGUUUUUCUGAGGUCUUGGCUGAUUUCUUUUGAUUUUCCCAUGAUGUCAAGCAAAGAGGCACAGAGUUUGAAGGUAGGCCUUGAAAUACAUCCACAGGUACACCUUCAAUUGACUCAAAUUAUGUCAAUUAGCCUAUCAGAAGCUUCUAAAUCCAUAACAUAAUUUUCUAGAAUUUUCCAAGCUGUUUAAAGGCACAGUCAACUUAGUGUAUGUAUACUUCUGACCCACUGGAAUUGUGAUACAGUGAAUUAUAAGUGAAAUAACCUGUCUGUAAACAAUUGUUGGAAAAAUUACUUGUGUCAUGCACAAAGUAGAUGUCCUAACCGACUUGCCAAAUCUACAGUUUGUUAACAAUAAAUUUGUGGAGUGGUUAAAAAACUAGUUUUAAUGACUCCAACCUAAGCGUAUGUAAACUUCCGACUUCAACUGUAUAUGUUGUGAAAUUGUUAGAUAUUACUUGUUAGAUAAUACUGCACUGUCGGAGCUAGAAGCACAAGCAUUUCGCUACACCCACUAUAACAUCUGCUAAACACGUGCAUUUGACAAAUACAAUUUGAUUUGAUUUGAUUUGAAAGAGAGAGGUCGACACUGGCAGAGAAAGAGAUUGAGUUGCUUCCAGAGCAGUGGUCACAGGGCCAGCGAGACCUGAGGGGGGAGAGCCAGAGGCUGUGAAGAUAGUGCAGGCAAGGUAGCCAGGAGGCCUGAGGCUCCCGAGAAACAGCCACGAACUGUCCUGUAUAACUGCCCGUAUAACAGCCUGCGAAAAGCCACUCUACCCACUGCUGUCAGACUGUAUAAUAACUCUAGCUCUUAAAUGGUUUUCCCCAAAAUUAAAAUUUUUACAAUCACAUUUUAACAUUUCAAUUUCCUGUAAUGUUUCAAGUGUUCUGUAUUCUUUUUAUGUUACGUAUUAUGUAUUUUUUAAAUGAGUGUUUUGCAAUUCUUAGUUAUGUAAAUUCUGCAUUUCUUCAGUUUUAUCUGUGAGCAAGAAUAAAUCAACUCAAACUCAAACACAGAGUGGGCAACUGGAAAACCAGUUGCACCGCCGGUGGAGACAGAACAUGAGAGGUAGAGGAAGCAGUAUGCUGAGAGAGGCCAUCACUGGCAGAGAGAGUGGGUGAGCCACUGCCAAAGCAGCGGUCACGGUUCCAGUGGGGCCAGAGAGAAAAGUAGAAGCAAGAGGCAAGGGAGCUGGGGUGCCAGAGAAGCCGUUGGAUGCAGGGAGUGCACUGCCAGUGUGGAGGAGACAGGGGUAAUGAGAGAGAGCAGGGGAGAUAGUGGAAAGGGACAUGCACCUGUGUUCAGGUAUUAGAAAGAGAGGGGGGAAGAGAAGGCCUGCUGGGCCGUCGGGGGGAGCUGUAGCUGCAGGGAUUUAGGCUGUGUCGGAUGCCAAGUCGUAAUCUGUGGAUGCUGGGAGAGAAGCCAGGUCCAGAGCUGGUUUGGGGGCCUGGGUCGAAGUUAGGAAGGACGCCUGUAUCUUUGUAUUGACUGGGUGUAUUGAUACACCAUCUAAAGUGUCAUUCAUAACUUCACCAUGCUCAAAGGGAUAUUCAAUGUCUGCUUUUUAUUUUUUUUACCCAUCUACUAAUAGGUGCUCUUCUUUACGAGGCAUUGGAAAACCUCCCUGGUCAUGGUGGCCUCAUUUGCAUAUCUUGCUGCGUUGCUGAGCUUAGCAAACGGGGUAGCAUCGGUUGCUGCUGGUAAUCCUACCGUGACUGAACGCCUCUCUGUGGGCCCACAGUCUAUGUCUGCAUCCAACAUGGCACCCUAUUCCCUUUAUAGUGCACUACUUUUGACCAGGUUCCAUAGGGCUCUGGUCAAAUAUAGUGCACUAUAUAGGGAAUAGGGUGCCAUUUUGGAUGCAGACACUAUGUCCUGUGAUAAAAUUGCACACCCACAGAGGUUAAUGGCCUGGGUCGACGUCUUUGAGCCCUGAUCUGAGGCUUGGAGGCCGAGUUGGUGGUGGUGGAAUAAAUAUGCAGCAGUGGAGGCAGCAAGGGGUUGAUCUCAUGGUGGCCCCCGGGUGCAUGGUAUAUUCAUGCGGUAGGCAACAUGGGUGGAGGUGGAUGUGGUUGUGGUCCUGGCAAGACAGGAAGCCAUAGUCAACCGACCGGAGAGAGGGAGAAGUAGUUUAGUGGAAGAAAAGGGGCAUGAGGGAGAGAGCAAUAACAAGAGAGAGAGAACAAUCAUGGCUUGACAGACACUUUGCAAUGACAUGAAGAUGGCAUUUCUAGAGGAGAAAGCCAGUCUGCAGUAUGAUAGAUACUGUAGUAUGUGGCCAAUAUAUGGCUGAAAUUUUGCAAAAGAUUCUGAUACUAUGUGUGGCCUGCCAUUACUUGGACUCUGGCAAACGUGACCCGGGACAAUAUUUGAAUGAAUGGCAUAAUAAAAUGUUCCAAGCAGUGCUUUUAUCAAAUUACUUUUGACAUGAAGGAAUUAAAGCGGAAUUGUAAGGAUAAUGCUUACAACGGAUGAUAUGCCUGAGCCUAAACUGCAUAGAAUAGCCUAGCGGCUAUAUGGUGAGUAGCCAGCCUGUCUAAUAUUAAAAAGAACUCUGAAGUUGGCACACAGAUUAUUUGGAACAGGACCUGCGUCAAAAUGAAUUACUGUACCGGCGAUGGAUGAAUAGCUGGGACUCAGAUUCGGUGGUUGGCGACACAGCCUCAUGGGUCCACUGAGGAGCGGGGCAUGUGGCUUGCAUGUGGUAGGGAGAUGCGCUGGUGCAUCCGGUGAAGCCGUGGAUAGUCGGGAUAUGCACUCAGGAGAACAUACUGCAUGGCGGAGAGGAAAUGUUGUGAAAGCAGGGAGUUUGCUGGUCUGUGAUGAAAGAGGAAGAAGGGAUAUACCAAAAACAUUGUAGCGAAUUCAUGGAGUAGCCCCGACCGAGACUCAAAACCGGGUCCAUCGACUGUCAAGCCAACACCUUAACCACUACGCCAAGAGGUCCAAACCUCUUGAUGAGGUUGCUAGGUGUUGGGUUAAGGUCACUACAAUAUAAACGCAGAAUGCAACAAUUGCUAAGAGUUUACUAAGGUAGUUCAUAUAAGGAAAUCAGUCAAUUGAAAUAAAUUCAUUAGGCCCUAAUCUAUGGAUUUCACAUGACUGAGAAUACAGAUAUGCAUCUGUUGGUCACAGAUACCUUAAAAAAAAAAGUAGGGGCGUGGAUCAGAAAACCUGUCAGUAUCUGGUGUGACCACCAUUUGCCUCAUGCAGCGCGACAUCUCAUUCGCAUAGAGUUGCUCAGGCUGUUGAUUGUGGCCUGUGGAAUGUUGUCCCACUCCUCUUCAAUGGCUGUGCGAAGUUGCUGGAUAUUGGCGGGAACUGGAACACGCUGUGGUACACGUCGAUCCAGAGCAUCCCAAUCAUGAUGGUGAGUAUGCAGGCUAUGAAAUAACAUUUUCAGGUUCCAGCAAUCGUGUACAGAUCCUUGUGACAUGGUGCCGUGCAUUAUCAUGCUGAACAUGAGGUGGUGGCGGUGGAUGAAUGGCACAACAAUGGGCCUCAGGAUCUCGUCACGGUAUCUCUGUACUUUCAAAUUGCCGUCGAUAAAAUGCAAUUGUGUUUGUUGUCCGUAGCUUAUGUCUUUCCAUACCAUAACCCCUACGCCACCAUGGGGCACUCUGUUCACAACGUUGACAUCAGCAAACCGCUCGCCCAGAACAGUUGAAACCGGGAUUCAUCUGUGAAGAGCACACUUCUCCACUGUGCCAGUGGCCAUCGAAGGUGAGCAUUUGCCCACUGAAGUCGGUUACGACGCCAAACUGCAGUCAGGUCAAGACCCUUGUGAAGACGACGAACACGCAGAUUAGCUUCUCUGAGAUUCUUCGGUUGUGCAAACCCACAGUUUCAUCAGCUGUCCGGGUGGCUGGUCUCAGACGAUGCUGCAGGUGAAUAAGCCAGAUGUGGAGGUCCUGGGCUGGCAUGGUUACAUGUGGUCUGUGGUUGUGAGGCCGAUUGGACAUACUGCCAAAUUCUCUAAAACGACGUUGGAGUCGGCUUAUGGUAGAGAAAUUAACAUUCAAUUCUCGGGCAACAGCUCUGGUGGACAUUCCUGCAGUCAGCAUGCCAAUUGCAUGCUCCCUCAAAACUUGAGACAUCUGUGGCAUUGCUGUGUGACAAAACUGCACCUUUUAGAGUGGCCUUUUAUUGUCCCCAGCACAAGGUAUACCUGUGUAAUGAUCAUGCUGUUUAAUUAGCUUCUUGAUAUGCUACACCUGUCAGGUGGAUGGAUUAUCUUGGCAAAGGAGAAAUGCUCACUAACAGGGAUGUAAACAAAUGUAUGCACAAAAUUCAAAUUAAAUAUGCCUUUUGUGGGUCUGGAAAAUUUCUGGGAUCUUUUAUGAAACAUAGGACUAUCACUUAACAUGUUGCGUUUAUAUAUUUUUCAGUGUAAGAGCCUGACGGAAGCAGGUGCGAGAUGCGACAAAAUAUAACAAUUAACUUGCUGAUCGGAGUACGUCCUCAUGCAAAAGUUGGUAGUAACGCACGGUCGUGCAACGGGACUUGCACUUCUUCUUCUUUGGAUUUUAACCGUGGUUGGCAUCCAAUAUGUUGCAUUACCGCCCCCAUCUGGACAAUAACAUAGACCAUUAUACUUUGUGAUACAAAGUUCAAAAUAACAAAUAAAACACCCUUCCAACUAACCCUACACUUAAACACUGACUACCCCAUUCCACUACUUUGACCCUAUCUGCUCCUGCACCAUGCCAACGGCCUGGGAGGACGGGACACCACCACUCAACACACCCUGUAACUCUUCUGAAGUAAAAUCUUGUAUACCCAAAUACUUCUCUGCAGCUGCCAACACAUCUAGUUUCCGUGAUUUAUGUUCCAUUUCUGCGGUACAGUUGAUAGCCAUUGCUAUGAACGCUAAGAAGCCAACCUUACUGAAGCAUAUCACUCAUUGGUCUAUCCCUCUGUGCUGGCACAGAUCUACUACUCACAGGGAUCCUCUCAGGAUCCUUCACCCAUCCUCUACUUUCUUCACUGCCUCAGCAUUUGUAUUUGUAUUUGCAUUUAUUAGGGAUCCCCAUUAGCUGCUGCCAAGGCAGUUGCUACUCUUCCUGUGGUCCAAACAUAUUAAAGCACUUACAUUACAUCAUAUAACAUUAUUACACCACUACAAUACAAAAUGUUUAAUACCACCACACAACAAUAUCACAAUGUGUGCAUAUGCAUGUGUCUGUGUGUGUCUCUUCACAGUCCCCGUUGUUCAAUAAGGUGUAUUUUUACCUGUUUUAAAAAAUCAGAUUCUACUGCUUGCAUCAGUUACCUGAUGUGGAAUAGAGUUCCAUGUAGUCAUGGCUCUAUGUAGUACUGUGCGCCUCCCAUAGUCUGUUCUGGACUUGGGGACUGUGAAGAGACCUCUGGUGGCAUGUCUUGUGGGGUAUGCAUGGGUGUCUGAGCUGUGUGCUAGUAUUUUAAACAGACAGCUCGGUACAUUCAGCUUGUCAACAAUUACGAAAACAAUUAGUGAUGAAGUCAAUCUCUCUUCCACUUUGAGCCAUGAGAGAUUGGCAUGCAUGUCAUUAAUGUUAGCUCUCCAUGUACUUUUAAGGGCCAGCCGUGCUGCCCUGUUCUGAGCCAACUGCAAUUUUCCCAAGUCCCUCUUUGUGGCACCUGAUCACACUACUGAAGAGUAGUCUAGGUGCGACAAAACUAGGGCCUGUAGGACCUGCGUUGUUAAGAAGGCAGAGCAGUGCUUUAUUAUGGACAGACUUCUCCCCAUCUUAGCUACUGUUGUAUCAAUAUGUUUUGACCGUUUACAAUCCAGGGUUACUCCAAGCAGUUUAGUCUCCUCAACUUGCUCAAUUUCCACAUUAUUAAUUACGAGAUGUAGUUGAGGUUUAGGGUUUAGUGAAUGAUUUGUCCCAAAUACAAUGCUUUUAGUUUUGUAAAUAUUUAGGACUAACUUAUUCCUUGCUACCCAUUCCGAAACUAACUGCAGCUCUUUGUUAAGUGUUGCAGUUAUUUCAGUUGCUGUAGUAGCUGACGUGUAUAGUGUUGAGUCAUCCGCAUACAUAGACACACUGGCUUUACUCAAAGCCAGUGGCAUGUCGUUAGUAAAGAUGGAAAAAAGUAAGGGGCCUAGACAGCUGCCCUGGAGAAUUCCUGACUCUACCUGGAUUUUGUUGGAGAGGCUUCCAUUAAAGAACACCCUCUGUGUUCUGUUAGCCAAGUAACUAUUUAUCCACAUUAUAGAAGGGGGUGUAACGCCAUAACACAUCCGUUUUUCCAGCAGCAGACUAUGAUCGAUAAUGUCAAAAGCUGCACUGAAGUCUAACAAGACAUCCCCCACAAUCAUUUUAUCAUCAAUUUCUCUCAGCCAAUCAUCAGUCAUUUGUGUAAGUGCUGUGCUUGUUGAGUGGCCUUCCCUAUAAGCAUUCUGAAAGUCUGUUGUCAGUUUGUUUACUGUGAAAUAGCAUUGUUUCUGGUCAAACACCAUUUUUUCCAGAAGUUUACUAAGCAUUGGUAACAGGCUGAUUGGUCGGCUAUUUGAGCCAGUAAAGGGGGCUUUACUAUUCUUGUGUAGCGGAAUGACUUUAGCUUCCCUCCAGGCCUGAGGGCACACACUUUCUAGUAGGCUUAAAUUGAAGAUGUGGCAAAUAGGAGUGGCAAUAUUGUCUGCUAAUGUCCUCAGUAAUUUUCCAUCCAGAUUGUCAGACCCCGGUGGCUUAUCGUUGUUGAUAGACAACAAUAAUUUUUUCACCUCUUCCAAACUGACUUUACGGAAUUCAAAAGUACAAUUAGUGUCUUUCAUAAUUUGGUCAGAUAUACUUGGAUGUGUAGUGUCAGCGUUUGUUGCUGGCAUGUCAUACCUAAGUUUGCUUAUCUUGCCAAUGAAGAAGUCAUUAAAUUAGUUGGCAAUAUCAGUGGGUUGUGUGAUGAAUGAGCCAUCUGAUUCAAUGAAUGAUGGAGCAGAGUUUGCCUUUUUUCCAAAAAUGUCAUUUAAGGUACUCCAACGCUUUUUACUAUCAUUCUAUAUAUCAUUUAUUUUUGUUUCAUAGUAUAGUUUAUUUUUCUUUAGUUUAGUUUAGUCACAUGAUUUCUUAAUUUGCAGUACGUUUGCCAAUCAGUUGGGCUGCCAGACUUAUUUGCCAUACCUUUUGCCUCCUCCCUCUCAACCAUACAAUUUUUCAAUUCCUCAUCAAUCCAAGGGGAUUUAACAGUUUGUACAGUCAUUUUCUUAAUGGGUGCGUGCUUAUUAGUAACUGGAAUAAGCAAUUUCAUAAAUGUGUCAACUGCAGCGUCUGGUUGCUCCUCAUUACACACCACAGACCAGCAAAUAUUCUUUACAUCAUCAUCAACAUAUGAAUCAAGACAAAGGUUAUUGUAUGACCUCUUAUACACUAUAUUAGGCCACCCUUUGGAACUUUGGUUUUCCUAGAUAUGGCUACUAUAUUGUGAUCACUACAUCCUAUGGAUUUUUAAAGCAAAUUUCUGCAGCAUUAGUAAAGAUGUGAUCAAUACAUGUUGAUGAUUUCAUUCCUGUGCUGUUUGUAAAUACCCUGGUAGGUUGACUGACAACCUGAACCAGGUUGCAGGCACUGGUUACAGUUUGAGGUUUUUUCUUGAGUGGCCAGCUUGAUGAGAGCCAGUCAAUAUUUAAAAUCACCCAGAAAAUAUUAUUCUCUGUUGAUAUCACAUACAUUAUCAAGCAUUUCACACAUAUUAUCCAGAUACUGACUGUUAGCACUUGGUGGUCUAUAGCAGCUUCCCACAAGAAUGGGCUUUAGGUGAGGCAGAUGAACCUGUAGCCAUAUUACUUCAACAGAAUCUAACAUGAGAUUGUCUCUAAGCUUUACAGGAAUGAGGUUCUGAAUAUAGACCGUAACACCGCCCCCAUUGACAUUUCUGUCUUUUCGGUAGAUGUUAUAACCAUGUAUUGCUACCACUGUAUCAAAGGUAUGAUCUAAGUGAGUUUCAGAGAUAGUAAGAAUAUGAAUGUAAUCUGUUGCAAGCAAGUUAUUGACUUCAUGGACCUUGUUUCUCAGGCUGCAGAUGUUAAUAUGGGCUUUUUUUUGCACUUUUAUGGGUUGCUUGAUUGUUUUGAAUGCUGUACUGGGAAGCUUAUCAGAAGUAGACUUGCUCAUGUUAUUUAUGUUGGAGCUGAUAGUGCAGGGUGAGCUGCACACAAUGGUCUUGCUACUAGGGCACACUGCCUCAGUGCUAACAGUGUAACUCUAGUUCAUAAGCUCAUGAUUACUGCAUACAAUAGCUGUAGGAUCAACAGAGGUAUUCAGGGCAAUUAAGGGGACAUAAAUUAAGUUACUUACAUUGUGUCUGCCAAUGCCCCUAGGAUAAUGUACAUUUGAUGCAGCAUUAUGACGAUUCAUUGUCACAAUGGUAGGGAUUAACUGAGCUGGUCUUGGGUCAUCAAUAAGUAAUUGUUUCAACGCAGCCUUGAAAUGCGCGGACAGAGUCCAGUAGCAAGAUGAUUUGGAUGGACUCCGUCAUUCCUGUAGAGUAUCUUCUGUUUCCAGAAGGUGUCAAAGUUAUCUAUAAAAGUGAUUCCAGUAGAGCUACAGUAAUCUUUUAGCCAGAUGUGUAAUGCCAGUAGCCUGCUGAAUCUUUCGAAUGAGUUGUUGUUGGGAGAUGAUGGAGAUUGUAGAACUAAACAUUGCUUGGGGGAGUCAGGUAUAAUCUGGAUUUUUAUGUCACAUAAUUAGACUACGUGUUUGGAAUGCUAGUUCUCUACCUGUGGAUUUCUGUAUAGAAGAAUGCCUGCGACGAGUCAAGUCUGUAUACAUGUGUAAAACAUGUGCUGCAGUCACAGGAAACAUAGUGUAUUGUUGUUGGCCAGGAUGGUAAGACUUUGAUGACAACAUACAGUAGAUAUUGCAAAGAUCUCCAUUAUGCAGCUAGCUACUGUACUGUGUACAAUUUCCUACAUGAGACCAAGGUUAGCUAAUGUAAUUAGAGGUUCUGUAUGGUGACGUCAUUGUUAGAGCCAUUUUCUGUUUUGAAAGAAAAUGUACAGAACUUAUUUUGGUUUAUUUCCGAAAUAUUUAUUAUAGGAUAGAAACUCUAUGGAAGAUACUUAUUGUUGUAUGGAAACUUAGCUUUAUACUGUAUAUGGAAAGCCUUUUAUGGUUGUUAAUGUGAAACCAAAAAGGACGCAUGUGGGUUUGCUAGGAGGAGUUGCAUAAAGGCUUUUAAAAAAAACAUGUUUUAGUCAUUUAGCAGACACUCUUAUCCAGAGCAACUUACAGUUUAGUGAGUGCAUUCAUUUUUUCAUACUGGCCUCCCGUGGGAAUCGAACCCACAACCCUGGCGUUGCAAGCGCCAUGCUCUACCAACUGAGCUACACAGGACCACACUUAUGUGUAACAUGGAUAGUUAGUUGAACUCUAAUUAGGCCAGGUUAUUGCACCUGAUAUAGGAAGACACCAUGCAGAGUUACAGUUUUCUACUGUUUAAUUUGGAUUUAAUUUGCCUGCUGCACUUUGGAAUUGUACUUUGGGAUUUUACCUUUUUACCAUUAAUAUCAAAUGGAACCUGUCAAACCCUAUCUGGAUUACAAUGCUUUAUUUGACCACCUAUCAACUUGGAAUAUGUGUGACAAAAAACAGACAUCUCAUUGAUGGAAACCAACCUGUAUUUUGGAGUCUAUAGAAGGCUUUUAGAAUCUAGGAACCUUAGCAACAACAGUCAUCAUUAGUGUGGGAUGUCAUCACUAGUGUGGUGCUGUCAUCAUUAGUGUGGUACAGCCAUCAUUAGCAGUGCUUUAAUGUAGGGAUGUCAUGAUUAGUGUGGCGAGUGUGGUGUAGUGUGGUGAUGUCAUCAAUGAUGUGGUGAUGACAUCAUUAGUGUGGGGAUGUCAUUAUUAGUGUGGUGAUGUCAUAAUUAGUGGUUGUGGUGUGGUGAGGAUAUCAUUAGUGUGGUAAUGUCAUCAUUAGUGGUUGUAUUGUAGUGAUGUCUUUAUUUGCAGUGCUCCCAUGUCUCUGUCUCUCUCUCUCUACCUGUCACUAUGACACGUCUCCUGUCUCCUGUCACUCUCCUGCCAUGCCGACCGCUCUGACACUUGACAGACUGAUGCUGGACGCCUGAUGUGUGUUGACAGUCGUGAGUGUUUGUGUCUGUGCCUGUCUCUCUCUGUGUGUGUGUGUGUGUGUGUGUGUGUGUGUGUGUGUGUGUGUGUGUGUGUGUGUGUGUGUGCGCGCGCGCGCACAUGCGUGUGUGUGUGUGUGUGUAGCUGUGCUAACUAAAAUGUGUCAGUCUCUAGCCCAUCACAGCAAAGGCCAAUUAUUUCCAGUAAUUGUGUUGCUUGGACCUUGAAACCAUGUUAAGCAUAUUUAACACACACAGUCUAAUUGUCUUUAAUGAAAUACACUCUUCUCUCUCCCCCCACUCUGAUCCCCCCCUCUCUCCCACUCUUCUCACUCUCAUCCCCUUUCUCUCUUCCCACACUCCUCUCUCUCUCCUCACUUCUCUCUCUCAUUCUCCCUCUCUCCUCCUGUACUUCGCUCUUCCCCACUCCCCACUCUCUCACCCCCUUCCCAUUCUCCCCACUCUUCUCUUUCAUCCCCUAUCUCUCCCAACAUUCCUCUCUCACCCCCUUCCUCCCCUUCCCUCCUCCCUCCCUCCCCUUCCCUCCCCAUCAUCCCCCUCUCCCCCCUCCCUCUCCCUUUCAGCUCUAUGACGGUGCGUAAAGGAAAGAAACUCAGCAUCACUAUCCAGGAACACAUGGCCAUUGACGUCUGCCCCGGCCCCAUCCGACCUAUCAGAACAAUCUCUGCCUACUUCCCCCGCCUGUCCCCCACCUCUGAGCCCCUCUCCCCCAACCCCACUGGCUCCCCAUUGGUCCUCAGUCCUGGGGGCGCAGCCUGCGGGAUGGGGGGUGGCGGCGGGGGUGGGCUCUUGACGCCAUUGCUGCCGGGGACGAUGGGAGGGGGCGGGUCUUUGUCGUUACAGAGCAGUAUGGACACAUCUGUGGAGAUCAACAGUUCUGACAGUGACGACUGCAGUGAGUCCAGAUGUUGGCGUGUUGUUGAGUGUGUUUGUGUGUGCGUGUGUGUGUGUGUGUGUGUGCAUGCAUAAAAGUGAAUAUGUGUGUGCAUGAAUUAGUGUUGGUGUCUAUCUAUCCCACCCACUCUAUUUUAUAUGGUUGGCAAGGUUGACAUGUGAUGUGCUUUCCUCUUAUUCAUUUGACAAGUUUGAGUUAAUGUGAUUUACAUCCCAUUUAAAUGCAUAGUGUUUCAUUGAUGUACUCUGUUGUGACAUCUAUAUGUAAUGUCUUUAGCAUGUGUAAUUUCAAAUUGUGGAAGUCAGUGUGCUGUCCUUUUCAUACAGUCAUUGGUUGGUUUCAAAGCCUUCUGUGAGUCCAUUCUGUGGCUUCCAUUGUGACAGGUAUGUUGCAAUAGCCUGGUCCAAGAUGGGGUUGUACUGUCUUGCCAACUCCUAUGGUCAUUGUCACAUCAAACAUGGCUGGAAAUGAUUGAUUGAUUGAUUGAUUGACUGACGGAUUGAUUGGUUUAUUUAUUUAUUCAUUGGUUCAUUGAUAAAGGUACCAAACUUUUGCUGCCGAGUUGUGUUAUUUAUGUGAUUCACUCACCCUAAGCCAUUGUUUUCACAAGUGCAGGAGAUGUAGGAGUGAUGUGAUGGUGUUUGUUUCUGACACAUGCUACUGGUUUCUAACCAUGCUUCUGGUUUUUAACCAUGCCAAUGGUUGUCUCCUAUACAGCUUCUUUAGGAACACUGGAGUUUGACUUGCGGUACGAGCGAGCCUCCAGUAAGCUACACUGCACUAUCCUCAGGGCCAAGGUAACCUCACAGAUACUGUUCACUCACUUCCUAUCUGCUCUUCAGCCCAAUCCCAAAUCGAGCCCUAGACCCUGCGUCCUAUGCACUUUUGGAGAUCUGAGAGAAUGUGACAGGUGUAAGCUAUAUGUUAAUAGUUCCAUCUUGCCCUCUGAUACCAAUAAAAUCCUCUCAAAUCUCCAGAAGUGCAUAGGGCGCAGGGUCUAGGGGUCGAUUUGGGAUUGGGCCGCUCCAGCAUCCAUGGAUGUCACUUACCCUGCCAUCACAAAUUUGUAGAAUUUCUACAUUCCAUUCCAGAAAAAGAGGGUCUAAUAAAGUAAAUUAAUGAAGGCAGUCAUAGGGGAGCAUUAAAGGGAUAGUUCACCCUAAAAUAUGCUGGCCUCAAUCAUCCCAAAUGAAAGGGAAAGAUAAGCACCAUCUAAUUCCAACUAAUUAGACUUCUGACUAACUUUGAUGUGGAAUUGAAUGAUUAAUUUUACAUUAAUGAGUUUCUGUUUUCAGUGAAUAACUUAUGGAGGAGGGGUCCUACUCUUAGAACAGAACAUAAAUAAUGCAAAUAUAAUGUUGAAAACAAAGACAGGGGUGUUGCUAGGGUGAAACUAUAUAGUGCACUUCUUUUGACCAGGGCCCAUAAGGCUCUGGUCAGAAGUAGUGCACCAAAUAGGGAAUAGGGUGCCAUUUCAGAAGCAGCCUUCAUGUUUGCCUGCCACUUGGCCCUCUUUCUUUGUUAAGCCUCUCUUUUUCAUUCCUUCUCUCAUUCUCUGUUUUCUUGUCUGCCUUUCCUCUGUUCAGGGUCUGAAGCCUAUGGAUUUUAACGGCCUAGCAGACCCCUAUGUCAAACUGCACCUUCUUCCCGGGGCCUGCAAGGUGAGUCAUGUAAUUACGGGAUCUAAUACUGAUACAGGUUCUGCUAGGUUUCUUCCCCUCUAAUAUGUUAGAAUGGAAUUGAGUGUAGGGUAAUCUGAUCCUAGAUCAGAUUACUCUUGAUGGAAGUUACAAUCUAUCUGCAAUAUUAAAGCUGAUCCAUCCCCCCCUCCCAAAAAAAAAAAAAAAAACUGGCAGCUUCAUUCAAUAUUACCGCAAAACACCAGUCUCAACGUCAACAGUGAAGAGGCGACUCCGGGAUGCUGACCUUCUAGGCAGAGUUGAUACUGGUGUUUUUCGGGUACUAUUUAAUGAAGCUGCCAGUUGAGGACCUGUGAGGCGUCUGUUUCUCAAACUAGACACUCUAAUGUAUUUGUCCUCUUGCUCAGUUGUGCACCGGGGCCUCCCACUCCUCUUUCUAUUCUGGUUAGAGCCUGUUUGCACUGUUCUGUGAUGGGAGUAGUACACAGCGUUGUACGAGACCUUCAGUUUCUUGGCAAUUUCUCGCAUGGAAUAGCCUUCAUUUCUCAGAACAAGAAUAGACUGACGAGUUUCAGAAGAAAGUUAUUUAUUUCUGGCCAUUUUGAGUCUGUAAUCGAACCCACAAUUGCUGAUGCUCCAGAUACUCAACUAGUCUCAAGAAGGCCAGUUUUAUUGCUUCUUUAAUCAGCACAACAGUUUUCAGCUGUGCUAACAUAUUUGCAAAAGGGUUUUCUAAUGAUCAAUUAGCCUUUUAAAAUGAUAAACUUGGAUUAGCAAACACAAUGUGCCAUUGGAGCACAGGACUGAUGGUUUAUGAUAAUGGGCCUCUGUAUGCCUAUGUAGAUAUUCCAUAAAAAAUCAGCCGUUUCCAGCUACAAUAGCCAUUUACAACAUGAACAAUGUCUACACUGUAUUUCUGAUCAAUUUGAUGUUAUUUUAAUGGACAAAAAAAUUGCUUUUCUUUCGAAACCAAGGACAUUUCUAAGUGACCCUGUCAGAGUGUGCUGAUGUGGAUGCGGUGGUGGAGUCAAGCGCAGGACACAGAGGCUAAGUCAAGACGACUUUACUAACACUUGAAAUAGUACACAAAAUAAACAGCCUCAAAACACUGGAGGCGAACAAAUACGCGGAGUGCGUAAAACAACACGAAGAGUCAAAAUACGCGGAGUGCGUAAAACAACAACGUAGAGCCAAGGCACCGAACCUAUCCAUACACGACAGGUGGAACAAUAACACACAAGAUACAAACAUAACAUAGGGGAACUUAUAGGUGACAUAAUCAAUACAGAAUACGAAACAGGUGCACUAACUAGACAUGACAAAACAAACAUCGAAAACAUCAAACGGUAGUAGCUAGUACUCCGGGGACGACGAACGCCGAAGCCUGCCCGAGCAAGGAGGAGGAGCAGCCUCGGCGGCAUCCGUGACAGACCCCAAACUUUUGAACGGUAGUGUACAUACAUACAUAUAUACAUGUAAAUACAUAUAUACAGUCAUGGCCAAAAUUGUUGGCACCCCUGAAAUUUUUCCAGAAAAUGAAGUAUUUCUCACAGAAAAGUAUUGAAAUUACACAUGUUUUGCUAUGCACAUGUUUAUUUCCUUUGUGUGUAUUGGAAUAACACAAAAAAAAACAGGAAAAAAGCAAAUUUGACAUAAUUUCACACAAAACUAAAAAAAUGGCCCGGACAAAGUUAUUGGCACCCUUUCAAAAUUGUGGAUAAAUAAGUUUGUUCCAAGCAUGUGAUGCUCCUUUAAACUCACCUGGGGCAAGUAACAGGUGUGGGCAAUCUAAAAAUCACACCUGAAAGCAGAUAAAAAGGAGAGAAGUUGACUCAGUCUUUGCAUUGUGUUUCUGUGUGUGCCACACUAAGCAUGGAGAACAGAAAGAGGAAAAGAGAACUGUCUGAGGACUUGAGAACCAAAAUUGUGGAAAAAUAUCAACAAUCUCAAGGUUACAAGUCCAUCUCCAGAGAUCUAGAUGUUACUUUGUCCACAGUGCGCAACAUGAUCAAGAAGUUUGCAACCCAUGGCACUGUAGCUAAUCUCCCUGGACGUGGACGGAAGAGAAAAAUUGAUGAAAGGUUGCAACGCAGGAUAGUCCGGAUGGUGGAUAAGCAGCCCCAAACAAGUUCCAAAGAAAUUCAAGCUGUCCUGCAGGCUCAGGGUGCAUCAGUGUCAGCGCGAACUAUACGUCGAAAUUUGAAUGAAAUGAAACGCUAUGGCAGGAGACCCAGGAGGACCCCACUGCUGACACAGAGACAUAAAAAAGCAAGACUACAGUUUGCCAAAAUGUACAUGAGUAAGCCAAAUUCCUUCUGGGAGAACGUCUUAUGGACAGAUGAGACCAAGAUAGAGCUUUUUGGUAAAGCAAAUCGUUCUACUGUUUACCGAAAAUGUAAUGAAGCCUUCAAAGAAAAGAACACAGUACCUACAGUCAAAUAUGGUGGAGGUUCAAAGAUGUUUUGGGGUUGUUUUGCUGCCUCUGGCACUGGGUGCCUUGACUGUGUGCAAGGCAUCAUGAAAUCUGAGGAUUACCAAAGGAUUUUGGGUCGCAAUGUAGGGCCCAGUGUCAGAAAGCUGGGUUUGCGUCCGAGAUCAUGGGUCUUCCAGCAGGACAAUGACCCCAAACAUACUUCAAAAAGCACCCAGAAAUGGAUGGCAACAAAGCGCUGGAGAGUUCUGAAGUGGCCAGCAAUGAGUCCAGAUCUUAAUCCCAUUGAACACCUGUGGAGAGAUCUUAAAAUUGCUGUUGGGAAAAGGCACCCAUCCAAUAUGAGAGACCUGGAGCAGUUUGCAAAAGAAGAGUGGUCCAAAAUUCCGGGUGAGAGGUGUAAGAAGCUUAUUGAUGGUUAUAGGAAGCGACUGAUUUCAGUUAUUUUUUCCAAAGGGUGUGCAACUAAAUAUUAAGUUAAGGGUGCCAAUCAUUUUGUCCGGCCCAUUUUUUGAGUUUUGUGUGAAAUUAUGUCAAAUUUGCUUUUUUCCUGUUUUUUUUGUGUUAUUCCAAUACACACAAAGGAAAUAAACAUGUGCAUAGCAAAACAUGUGUAAUUUCAAUACUUUUCUGUGAGAAAUACUUCAUUUUCUGGAAAAAUUUCAGGGGUGCCAACAAUUUUGGCCAUGACUGUAUACACAUCUUUAAAAAAUAUAUAUUACCCUUAAUUACUUUCCAACCCCACCACCCCUUCCCUAAUUGGAGUAAACUAGUGAACAACAACGCUUAGGCCUCUACUUAAAGCUUAUACAUACUAUAUACUGUAAGUUGCUUUGGAUAAGAGCGUCUUCUAAAUGACUAAAAUGUAAAUAUACAUUUUAUGGACACAGUCAAUUUUCCAAUAAUUAUAUUUUGUUUGUUUUUGCUCGUGAACUUCCUCUACCCUUAACCCCUCCGAUCUUCUUCAUGAUGUCCAUCCGGUCUGCCUCUACAUGCCAUAUCUUUCUAAUUGUUCUCUUUCACAAAAGCUCUCAACCUAUAACCUAUGUACUUAUUAUGGACACAGUAUGCUUUACAUUAGUUAUCUUGUUGUUAUUAGUUGUUGUUAUUAGUCCCAUCCUUCAGCUCCAUUCAACACCUCCCAUCUAUCUCUUAACACCAUCCAUACUGGAUUUCUAUUUGCCAUAUAUUUUUCAACUGUACUGUGAUGUUUCACAAAAGUUCAGAACCCUUCUAUUCUCAUUGUUUUUACAGAUUGUAAAUUGAAAAUAAACAUUUUUGCUAAAAGUAUUAUUAUAUUAUUGAUCGAUUGACUAUGACUUUUCAGAUCACCCAGUAGUGCUAUCUGCAGGGUUAGCUCCAGGUAAAUAUUGCAAUCCUAUAGCCAUUCCUGGACCUGUGACCUAAAACAAGCUACAAAUGGACAGUACCAAAACAAAUGAUCUAACGUCCUCCCGAGUGGCGCAGUGGUCUAAGGCACUGCAUCGCAGUGCUAGCUGUGCCACUAGAGAUCCUGGUUUGAAUCCAGGCUCUGUCGUGGCCGACCGGGAGACCCAUGGGGCGGUGCACAAUUGGCCCAGCAUCGUCCAGGGUAGGGGAGGGAAUGGCCGGUGGGGAUGUAGUUCAGUUGGUAGAGCAUGGCGUUUGCAACGCCAGGGUUGUGGGUUCGCUUCCCACGGGGGGUAUGAAAAAUAAUGUAUGCACUAACUGUAAGUCGCUCUAGAUAAGAGUGUCUGCUAAAUGAUGUAAAUGUAAUGAUUCUGUCUCUUCUCUGCAGAGCUGAGAAGAUUGUAUCCCUGAUAUAACAUUAUAUUGGUAGCAAGAAUUGUGUAUAAUAAUUUAAAUUGAAAUAUUCUACGUUUUGAAUCCGGCGUCGUUUUGCGUAUCAGUUUAUAAACACUAUGCCAUGGAAUUGGCACGUCAAAAAUCUCUUCCCAACUAUUUUGCAAUCUAUAUGGGACGGCUGUCAAUCCUUUGGUCCUUAAAUGAAACUGGUAUACUUUUUUAUUUAUCACAAUUUUCUUUAACCAAUUAUGUUCUUUAAUGCAGGGCCGACAGACAAGUUCCUUACUUUUUCCCCCUUCCACUUUCCUCUUCCAUUUUUGCGGUAAUGCUGCAAUUAUUUGGUUGUAAUUUUGGGUAGAGCAGAUGUUUCAAUAUGUUUUUGUUAGCUGCAUGUGCGACAUAACUCCACCAGUCCUACCUAUGAUAUCAUUUAGGAAGAUUAUACCUUUUUUAAACAUUUUUUCAAAGAAAAAUUUGUUUUUAUCAAUUAGUAUAUUUGAGUUUAACCACAAUAUUUGUUGCCUUAUUUGUUCUGUCGUUUCUGGAGGAUUAAAUAGAAAUUGCAACCAACUUUCUAUGGCUUGUUUUAGAAAUAGUGAUAUUUGGGAGAUUAUUUGCAUUUCAAAUAACUGAAAGUGAGAGGUUGUAAUCUGAAUAAAGGGAAAAAGGCCAUUCUUGAACAUGGGGUGAGACAAUCUUACUAAUUUGCUAGAGAACCAGUUCGGAUUUAAGUAUAACUUUUGUAUGACUGACGCUUUUAGUGAUAGGUCUAAUGCUUUAAUAUUUAAUUAUUUAUGUCCUCCGAAUUCAUAUUCAUUAUAUAAAUAGGCCCGUUUAAUUUUGUCUGGUUUGCCGUUCAAAAUAAAAUGGAAUAUAUUUUUCUCAUAUACAGUGGGGAGAACAAGUAUUUGAUGCACUGCCGAUUUUGCAGGUUUUCCUACUUACAAAGCAUGUAGAGGUCUGUAAUUUUUUAUCAUAGGUACACUUCAACUGUGAGAGACGGAAUCUAAAACAAAAAUCCAGAAAAUCACAUUGUAUGAUUUUUAAGUAAUUAAUUUGCAUUUUAUUGCAUGACAUAAGUAUUUGAUCACCUACCAACCAGUAAGAAUUCCGGCUCUCACAGACCUGUUAGUUUUUCUUGAAGAACCCCUCCUGUUCUCCACUCAUUACCUGUAUUAACUGCACCUGUUUGAACUCGUUACCUGUAUAAAAUGACACCUGUCCACACACUCAAUCAAACAGACUCCAACCUCUCCACAAUGGCCAAGACCAGAGCGCUGUGUAAGGACAUCAGGGUUAAAAUUGUAGACCUGCACAAGGCUGGGAUGGGCUACAGGACAAUAGGCAAGCAGUUUGGUGAGAAGGCAACAACUGUUGGCGCAAUUAUUAGAAAAUGGAAGAAGUUCAAGAUGACGGUCAAUAACCCUCGGUCUGGGGCUCCAUGCAAGAUCUCACCUCGUGGGGCAUCAAUGAUCAUGAGGAAGGUGAGGGAUCAGCCCAGAACUACACGGCAGGACCUGGUCAAUGACCUGAAGAGAGCUGGGACCCCAGUCUCAAAGAAAACCAUUAGUAACACACUACGCCGUCAUGGAUUAAAAUCCUGCAGCGCACGCAAGGUCCCCCUGCUCAAGCCAGCGCAUGUCCAGGCCCGUCUGAAGUUUGCCAAUGACCAUCUGGAUGAUCCAGAGGAGGAAUGGGAGAAGGUCAUGUGGUCUGAUGAGACAAAAAUAGAGCUUUUUGGUCUAAACUCCACUCGCCGUGUUUGGAGGAAGAAGAAGGAUGAGUACAACCCCAAGAACACCAUCCCAACCGUGAAGCAUGGAGGUGGAAAAAUCAUUCUUUGGGAAUGCUUUUAUGCAAAGGGGACAGGACGACUGCACCGUAUUGAGGGGAGGAUGGAUGGAGCCAUGUAUCGCGAGAUCUUGGCCAACAACCUCCUUCCCUCAGUAAGAGCAUUGAAGAUGGGUCAUGGCUGGGUCUUCCAGCAUGACAACGACCCGAAACACACAGCCAGGGCAACUAAGGAGUGGCUCCGUAAGAAGCAUCUCAAGGUCCUGGAGUGGCCUAGCCAGUCUCCAGACCUGAACCCAAUAGAACAUCUUUGGAGGGAGCUGAAGUCCGUAUUGCCCAGCGACAGCCCCGAAACCUGAAGGAUCUGGAGAAGGUCUGUAUGGAGGAGUGGGCCAAAAUCCCUGCUGCAGUGUGUGCAAACCUGGUUAAGACCUACAGAAAACAUAUGAUCUCUGUAAUUGCAAACAAAGGUUUCUGUACCAAAUAUUAAGUUAUGCUUUUCUGAUGUAUCAAAUACUUAUGUCAUGCAAUAAAAUGCAAAUUCAUUACUUAAAAAUCAUACAAUGUGAUUUUCUGGAUUUUUGUUUUAGAUUCUGUCUCUCACAGUUGAAGUGUACCUAUGAUAAAAAUUACAGACCUCUACAUGCUUUGUAAGUAGGAAAACCUGCAAAAUCGGCAGUGUAUCAAAUACUUGUUCUUCCCACUGUAUUGGAAAAAACUGUUCCCUAGGCGUAGGCAAGACCAUAAGCAAAUAGGUAAACUGGGAUAAUACUAAAGAGUUAAUCAGGGUGAUUUUUCCACAAAUAGACAGGUAUUUACCUUUCCAUGGUAGCAAGAUCUUAUCUAUUUUUGCUAACUUUCUAUAAAAAUGUAUUGGAGUGAGAUCAUUUAUUUCAUUUGGGAUAUAUAUUCCGAGUAUAUCCACAUCACCAUCAGACCAUUUUAUUGGUAAACUACAUGGUAAUGUAAUUUUUUUUAUUUUUUAGUGAUCCAAUAUGUAAUAUAGUACAUUUAUCAUAAUUUGGUUGUAAUCCAGAGAGGUUAGAAAAUGUAUCUAGAUCCUCUAAGAGGCUGUGGAGGGAUUAAAGUUGUGGAUUUAAAAGAAAACAUGAAUCAUCAGCGUACAAUGACACCUUGGUUUUUAAGCCCUGGAUUUCUAAUCCCUUGAUAAUACUGUUGGAUCUGAUUUUAGUAGCUAACAUUUCGAUGGCCAUAAUAAAUAGAUUAGCCGAUAGUGGACAACCUUGUUUUACUCCUCUUGACAGUUUAAAACUUUCUGAGAAACAGCCAUUAUUUAAUAUUUUACACCUAGGGUUACUAUACAUGAUUUUAACCCAUUUUACAAGAGAUUCUACAAAAUUGAAAUGCUCCAGGCAUUUAUAUAUAAACUCCAGUCGUACUUUAUCAAAUGCCUUUUCAAAGUCUGGUUUCCCAGAUCUUUCAUAGUGUUCUAUUGUUUCCAGUACUUGCCUUAUAUUAUCUCCAAUGUAUCGUCCAUGUAAAAAACCUGUCUGAUUAGAAUGAAUAAUGUCCGACAAUACCUUUUUAAUUCUAUGCACUAUACAGUUUGCUAGAAUCUUUGCAUCACAACACUGAAGUGUAAGGGGUCUCCAAUUCUUUAAAUGGACUGGAUCUUUAUAUUUCCCACUUGUAUCCUGUUUCAGUAAUAAUGAAAUCAGACCUCCUUCUUGAGUGUCUGAUAAUCUAGCAUUUACAUAGGAGUGGUUAAAACAUGCUAAUAAUGAGUAUAUCAAAAAAGAUUUGGUAGACCUCGACUGGUAUGCCAUCCAACCCCAGAGUUUUCCCAGACUUAAAGUCUUUAAUUACAUCCAGAAGUUCCUCCUCUGUAAUUUCACCUUCACAUCUUUCUGUAUGGCUGUUAAUUUUACAUUAUCAAUAGAAAAAAAAUCCCUACAAUUAGCUUCAGUUAGAGGAGAUGGAGGCGACUGAAACAAAAACAUAUGCUUAAAGUACUUUGCUUCCUCCUUCAAAAUAUCAUUUGGUGAAUCAUGGGUGACUCCGUCAUUUGUAACCAGUUUCAGUAAAUUAUUUUUGGUAGCAUUUCUAUGUUGAAGAUUAAAAACGAAUUUUGUGCAUUUUCCCUAUAUUCCAUCCAGUUUGCUUUAUUGUUAUAAUAUAUUACACUUUAUCUUUCUUGAAUAAGUUUCUCCAUUUAUUUUUGUUUUUCCUCUAAUUUAGUCUGAGCCACUAUGUUACAGUUUUUAUUGCUAUCUAUCUGUUCUGUUAGACCUUCUAUUUCCUUUGUUAGUAUGGACUCUUUUGACCUAAAUUGCUUUUGUUUUCGAGAUGAGACUUGAAUUGCAUGGCCUCUAAAGGUACAUUUAAAAGUGUCCCAUACAAUAAGGGGAUUUGCUGUACCUAUGUUAUGUCGGAAAUAAAUCAGUUAUAAAUUCUAGUUAAAAACAAGUUAUCAUCCAAUAGGCUUUGAUUACAUUUCCAAUAUCCUCGCCCACGUGGAAAUUCAGUAAGAGUAAUGUAUAUGCCAAUUAUAUGAUGGUCCGACCACAUUCUGUCCCCUAUCAACACUUUUUAAAACCUUUGGUGCCAACGAGAAUGACAUAAGAAAGAAGUCAAGACGACUAGCUUGAUUGAGUCUCCACCAUGUAUAUCUCACUAGGUCAGGAUAUUUAAGCCUCCAUAUAUCUACUAGUUCUAAUGUAUCCAUGACAUUCAUGAUUUCCUUAAGAGCAUGAGGGUGAUAGUUUGUAGUGUGAUUUCCUUUACGGUCCAUUGAGCUAUUUAAAAAAAGUAUUAUAAUCUCCCACCAUAAUAAUUAAGUCUUGUAUUGCUUGCAGGGUUGAUCAUUUAUUGUAUAUAUUGUCAAAGAAGUGUGGAUCAUCAUUAUUUGGUCCGUAAAGGUUAAUGAGACAUAUCUGUUAAUGGUCCAAUAACAUAUUUAAAAUCAUCCAUCUACCUUGCGGAUCUGUUUGGACAAUUUGCACAUUUGGAUCGAAAUUACUGUUAAUUAAUAUCAUCACCCCUUUUGAGUUUCUUUGCCCAUGGGAGAAGUAUAUCUCACCCCCCCCCCCAGUCCUUUUUCCACACAACUUCAUCUAGAAUUGUUGAAUGAGUUUCCUGUAAACAAUAGAUAUUAUAUUCAUUCUCUUUGAGCCAUGCAAAUAUUGUUCUUCUUUUGUUAUUAUCUGCUAAGCCAUUACAAUUAUAACUGGUCAUACUUAUUUCACCACUUACCAUAAUGAGAUACAAGUUUCAAAUCUAUUUAUCAUAAUAUAUGUUUGUAAAUGUACCAAUAAAAAAUACCAUAUUGAUUGAGUGUCCAUAUACAGUGGGGAAAACAAGUAUUUAGUCAGCCACCAAUUGUGCAAGUUCUCCCACUUAAAAAGAUGAGAGAGGCCUGUAAUUUUCAUCAUAGGUACACGUCAACUAUGACAGACAAAUUGAGGGAAAAAAAAUCCAGAAAAUCACAUUGUAGGAUUUUUAAUGAAUUUAUUUGCAAAUUAUGGUGGAAAAUAAGUAUUUGGUCACCUACAACAAGCAAGAUUUCUGGCUCUCACAGACCUGUAACUUCUUCUUUAAGAGGCUCCUCUGUCCUCCACUCGUUACCUGUAUUAAUGGCACCUGUUUGAACUUGUUAUCAGUAUAAAAGACACCUGUCCACAACCUCAAACAGUCACACUCCAAACUCCACUAUGGCCAAGACCAAAGAGCUGUCAAAGGACACCAGAAACAAAAUUGUAGACCUGCACCAGGCUGGGAAGACUGAAUCUGCAAUAGGUAAGCAGCUUGGUUUGAAGAAAUCAACUGUGGGAGCAAUUAUUAGGAAAUGGAAGACAUACAAGACCACUGAUAAUCUCCCUCGAUCUGGGGCUCCACGCAAGAUCUCACCCCGUGGGGUCAAAAUGAUCACAAGAACGGUGAGCAAAAAUCCCAGAACCACACAGGGGGACCUAGUGAAUGACCUGCAGAGAGCUGGGACCAAAGUUACAAAGCCUACCAUCAGUAACACACUACGCCGCCAGGGACUCAAAUCCUGCAGUGCAGACGUGUCCCCCUGCUUAAGCCAGUACAUGUCCAGGCCCGUCUGAAGUUUGCUAGAGUGCAUUUGGAUGAUCCAGAAGAGGAUUGGGAGAAUGUCAUAUGGUCAGAUGAAACCAAAAUAGAACUUUUUGGUAAAAACUCAACUCGUCGUGUUUGGAGGACAAAGAAUGCUGAGUUGCAUCCAAAGAACACCAUACCUACUGUGAAGCAUGGGGGUGGAAACAUCAUGCUUUGGGGCUGUUUUUCUGCAAAGGGACCAGGACGACUGAUCCGUGUAAAGGAAAGAAUGAAUGGGGCCAUGUAUUGUGAGAUUUUGAGUGAAAACCUCCUUCCAUCAGCAAGGGCAUUGAAGAUGAAACGUGGCUGGGUCUUUCAGCAUGACAAUGAUCCCAAACACACACCGCCCGGGCAACGAAGGAGUGGCUUCGUAAGAAGCAUUUCAAGGUCCUGGGGUGUCCUAGCCAGUCUCCAGAUCUCAACCCCAUAGAAAAUCUUUGGAGGGAGUUGAAAGUCCGUGUUGUCCAGUGACAGCCCCAAAACAUCACUGCUCUAGAGGAGAUCUGCAUGGAGGAAUGGGCCAAAAUACCAGCAACAGUGUGUGAAAACCUUGUGAAGACUUACAGAAAACGUUUGACCUGUGUCAUUGCCAACAAAGGGUAUAUACAAAGUAUUGAGAAACUUUUGUUAUUGACCAAAUACUUAUUUUCCACCAUAAUUUGCAAAUAAAUUCAUUAAAAAUCCUACAAUGUGAUUUUCUGGAUAUUUUUUUCUCAAUUUGUCUGUCAUAGUUGACGUGUACCUAUGAUGAAAAUUACAGGCCUCUCUCAUCUUUUUAAGUGGAGAACUUGCACAAUUGGUGGCUGACUAAAUACUUGUUUUCCCCACUGUAGCUGUACCAUGAUGUUUGCAUUGCUACUAAGUAACCCUCCAAUUGUUCUCCACUAUUCCCGCCACUAAAGCCCCUCCCCAUCCCAAGUUGGGUUGUCAUCCCAGUGAUCGGCAGACCACCCCCGUCCCCCCAGAUCCCUAGGCUCCCCGAGAGGCCAGGACCCAUCCUUUGAAAACAGCACACAGAGCCACCCACAAAACAGAAGCAGGUCAACCGCCAAAAGCAUCUCCAAUGCUCUCACCUCAAUAUAUAUAGCUAUUAAAAAUAUAUAUCUAUUCAAAUAUCUUGCAUAUCUUAAUUUCCAUCAUUAUCAAUUAAUAUGCAUAAUAAUGUCUGCAGUUCAAACGAAGGAUUUACCUAUAACCCGGAUUGCCAUUGUAUUACAUUACAUUUUUGCCAAGCAAUUCUUAUUUUAGCAAACAAUUAUUGUGGUUCAUCCUAUAUUCUCCCUAACAUCCUUACCCCCUUGCAACAGAUGUGGGAUACACACACACACACAUACACACACACACACACACACGCACAUACUCUAACACACUCAACCCCUUUCUUCCACAAUCAACCAUAAGCUCAGAUGCUCAACGGUUAUUACAUCCCAGAGCCCAACUCAAGAAAGGACCUGAUUUACGAAUGCAUAUACAGUUACAGCUGUUUGAGAAAGCAUUCAAGAUUGAUCAAAAAUUGACAACAAUUUGAGAUUUGAUUAACCUAUGUCAAGUCCUAGGUGAUGGAGAUCAGAUGCACCCUCUUCCCCUGUGACACAAACACUCUGGUCCCCCGUUGUAACCAUUUUCCCAAGCAUCUCCGUGCAGUCAGACCUUUGAUUAUUUUGUGCCACCAGGGCCACAAUAAUAUGCCCCCUCUCUGAUUGUCCGAGUUUGUACCCAGUUUGUCAUUUAUCGACAUCAACAGAUCGCUUUCCACACUUACCAGUCCCAGUGGUGAAAAGCAUAAAUCAUCUGUAUCCGUCGAGGAGUCGCGUUUUCUCUUGGAGAUUGAUUCUCCUCGUUUACCAUCUGUCAUGUUUGAGUGUUGCUUGUUGUUGUAAUAUUUGUUGAUACAUUUCUCUAGCCUUAUGAUUUGUUUUGUGUUAUUAUCCAGAUUGAAUGUUAUUACCCACGAGUACAGUUGAAGUCGGAAGUUUACAUACACCUUAGCUAAAUAUAUUUAAACGUAGUUUUUCACAAUUACUGACAUUUAUAUUCCUGACAUUUAUAUAGGCCUCCUGUAGCUCAGUUGGUAGAGCAUGGCGCUUGCAACGCCAGGGUUGUGGGUUCGAUUCCCACGGGGGGCCAGUAUGAAAAAUGUAUGCACUCACUAACUGUAAGUCGCUCUGGAUAAGAGCGUCUGCUAAAUGACUUAAAUGUAGUGUAAAUUUAAUCCUAGUAAAAAUUCCCUGUCUAGGAUCACCACUUUAUUUUAAGAAUGUGAAAUGUCAGAAUAAUAGUAGAGAGAAUUAUUUAUUUCAGCUUGUAUUUCUUUCAUCACAUUCCCAGUGGGUCAGAAGUUUACAUACACUCAAUUAGUAUUUGGUAGCAUUGCCAUUAAAUUGUUUAACUUGGGUCAAACGUUUUGGGUAGCCUUCCACAAGCUUCCCACAAUAAGUUGGGUGAAUUUUGGCCCAUUCCUCCUGACAGAGCUGGUGUAACUGAGUUAGGUUUGUAGGCCUCCUUGCUUGCACAUGCUUUUUCAGUUCUACACACACAUUUUCUAUAGGAUUGAGGUCAGGGCUUUGUGAUGGCCACUCCAAUACCUUGACUUUGUUGUGCUUAAGCCAUUUUGCCACAACUUUGGAAGUAUGCUUGGGGUCAUUGUCCAUUUGGAAGACCCAUUUGCGACCAAGCUUGAACUUCCUGACUGAGGUCUUGAGAUGUUGCUUCAAUAUAUCCACAUAAUUUUACUUCCUGAUGAUGCCAUCUAUUUUGUGAAGUGCACCAGUCCCUCCUGCAGCAAAGCACCCCCACAGCAUGAUGCUGCCACCCCCGUGCUUCACGGUUGGGAUGGUGUUCUUCGGCUUGCAAGCAACCCUCUUUUUCCUCCAAACAUAACGAUGGUCAUUAUGGCCAAACAGUUCUAUUUUAGUUUCAUCAGACCAGAGGACAUUUCUCCAAAAAGUACGAUCUUUGUCCCCAUGUGCAGUUGCAAACCGUAGUCUGGCCUUUUUAUGGCGAUUUUGGAGCAGUGGCUUCUUCCUUGCUGAGCGGCCUUUCAGGUAAUGUCGAUAUAGGACCCGUUUUACUGUGGAUAGGAGACAGAAUGCGUCUCCUUCCUGAGCGGUAUGACGGCUGCAUGGUCCCAUGGUGUUUAUACUUGCGUACUAUUGUUUGUACAGAUGAACGUGGUACCUUCAGGAGUUUGGAAAUUGCUCCCAAGGAUGAACAAGACUUGUGGAGGUCUACCAUUUUUUUUCUGAGGUCUUGGCUGAUUUCUUUAGAUUUUCCCAUGAUGUCAAGAAAAGAGGCACUGAGUUUGAAGGUAGGCCUUGAAAUACAUCCACAGGUACACCUCCAAUUGACUCAAAUGAUGUCAAUUAGCCUAUCAGAAGCUUCUAAAGCCAUGACAUCAUUUUCUGGAAUUUUCCAAGCUGUUUAAAGGCACAGUCAACUUAGUGUAUUUAAACUUCUGACCGACUGGAAUUGUGAUACAGUGAAUUAUAAGUGAAAUAAUCUGUCUGUAAACAAUUGUUGGAAAAAUUACUUGUGUCAUGCACAAAGUAGAUGUCCUAACCGACUUGCCAAAACUAUAGUUUGUUAACAAGAAAUGUGUGGAGUGGUUGAAAAAUGAGUUUUAAUGACUCCAACCUAAGUGUAUGUAAACUUCCGACUUCAACUGUAUAUGAAGUGCUAAUAUUUAGUCUAACUUACUGAUAUUGAAUAUUACGUUUUUUUUAAUCUUCAGGUGAUUCGCACCGCUGUGUGUUCAAUACGCCAUCUUGUCACGUGACCAGAACCCUAGCACAACUUCUUUGUUUGUGUGUGACUGUAGAGGACCAAAUAGUGAACUCUAUCGAUGUCUCUGAACUCUAUCAAUGUGUCUGAAUUCUAUCAAUGUCUCUGAACUCUAUUGAUGUCUUUUGUUGACACUGCUGAAUACUGUUUCCCUUCCUCUCUUUUAAUCUUCCCUCCCUCCCUCCCUCCCUCCCUCCCUCCCUCCCUCUCUCUCUUAAUCCUACAUCUCUCUCUCUCUAUUCACUGUCUUUCUCUUUCAGGCUAACAAGUUGAAGACAAAGAUAGUGCGGAAUACUCUGAAUCCGGUGUGGAAUGAAACACUUACCUAUGUUGGGAUCACAGAGGAGGACAUGCAUAGAAAGACACUCAGGUGUGUGUGUGUGUGCAUGUGCAUGUGUGUGUGUAUGUGUGUGUGUGAAUGCAUGCAUACAUCUCAGUUGUAUGUACAGACUGAGAUAUGUUCUGAUAGCAUUAAGUAGUUUACCACAACAGUCAAGGGCUUCGUCAAUAAGUGCAUAGACAAUGUCAUCUAGAGGCUAGAGUUACCACUUACAAGGAAUGGGAAACAGACAUUGAUGCAUACAAGAAAGACCGCUACGACCUCCGACGAGACAUCAAACAUGCAAAAGGACAAUAUAGGAGGAAGGUGGAAUCCUAUUACACCGGCGCCGAUGCUCGUCGUAUGUGGCAGGGCUUGCAGACAAUAACGGAUUACAAAAGCAAACCCAGCCAUGAGUUGCAUAGCAAUACAGAACUCCCAAAUGAGCAAAAUGCCUUUUAUGCUCACUUCGAGGAAUAUAACACUGUGCCUUGCGUGAAAGCCCCUGUAUUUCCAGAUGUCUGUGUGAUCUCGCUCUCUGAGGCCGAUGUGAGCAAAACGUUUAAACAGGUUAACAAUCACAAGGCCGUGAGAAAUGCAAAAAGUGUCCCACUUUUUCUGAAUUCCCUCAAAUAACAGUACUACAAUAAAACAAUGUACAGGAUAUAGCAGAGAUACUUUUGAGGCGAUGGGAAACUCCAUUUGAAUCGUGUUAACGCUCACUGUGUACGUUGCCCAUGCAUCGUCAAUUUCGUGAUCAAGAAGAACAACAUUACAAAUAUUUUCCGAGAUGUGAGAUAAUUAACUUGUUCUCUGUAAUAUCGUAUAGCUUUGGAAUUGUGGCAUUACGUACUUUCGAGGAAAAUAGGCACGUUUCUCGACUCAUACUCUGACUUUGAGAAGGGAUUGCAUGACGAUUAGCUUAGAAACCGUGUGACGCAGCAUGACAACGUGAACGCGAUUGGUCGACAGUCUGCUGGGUGGGGUGUUAUACGUUCCUCCAUUCAUUGCCCAGUGGGUUUCCUAUCUUCUCCUUUCUCUAAUAUCUCUGGACAUAGUACUACAAGAACCAGUGCCCUGCCCAACCUAAGUACAGGGAGUCCUUAAUGUAAACUGGAUCGCUUUCCUACAUUGGACAAGCAUAUAAGACUGUUUCACUUUAGCUACUCCAUGUUUUCCUACUUUAGCUCUAUAGUUGGUAAAGCGGGACAACUAAAAAAAUGAAUUACUAAAUUGAAACAUAAUAUUGGCAACUUCUUUUUUAUGUAUUUUGAUUCACUAGUACCUAGUAUGCACAUUUACAUCACAGUUUGGCACUGUGCAUUAUUUAUAACCUUUAAACAGAAAAAAAGUGAUGUCGCUGAUCUUACCGUGUGCUUUGCAGGGUGAGCUUCCUGUGUGAAGCUUGCUCUUCCCCUCUCUAUGAUGUCACACCAAUGAAGUUAUGUGAUUUUGAUUAUGUGGAUUCUCUGCAAGGGCUUAGUAACAAUAAUUUAGAUUUUCUCUUGUCAGACCAAUAAAUAAAUAAGUCAGGAUUAAGCUGUCCCAGUUGAUAUGAUGUCUCACUCUUUCCGAAUUCACCCUACAUAAUAUAUAGACUAGCUCAAUAACAUAAGGAAAAGAGGAACACACUGACAUUUACCUUUGGCAAUGAUAGGAAAGUGUUGGUGGUUAAAACACGAAUAUAUAAACAAAGAAACACAACGUAAACACUUUAACAUUAAGCUCCGUGACCAUACAUAUUUCACUUUUAAAUUAUCAAAAUUAAGGUAGUGAGGGCAAUGUGUAUGUGUGUGUGUGUGUGUGUGUAUGUGUGUGUGUGUGAGCUUGCCUUAUCUAGCAGGCAAGUGUUGUUUCUCUGAAAAUAUGUAUUUUCCUGUCAACAGCUUUGACAGUGGUUGCAUCCCAAAUGGCACCCUAUUCCCUAUAUAGUACACCCAUAGGGCUCUGGUCAAAGGUAGUGCACUGAAGGAAGUAGGGUGCCAUUUGGGAUGCAAGACAGUGUGUUGUAUAUUUAGCCAGAAUAAUUCUGCCCACCGCCCAUGGUAAUAUCCUCUUGAAUUCCGUUAUGGCACUCUCAGAGCCACUUGGAGGCUUCUCCUGAGGAGAAGAGCAGAACACUGAUGCACUCCGGUUCAUCCCGUGAUUAUCCAUGGUAAAUUACCUGUGUGUGCCCACAACACACUGCAAAUUAGCCGUAUCCCCGGGCCACACCUGAUUCCGGGCCGACCUAUAAAACUUUGCUGGGGUUGGGCCUUUUUUUCUGGCGUGAAAGUGAGAGUGAGAAAGUAAUUUAGUUGUCACGCCCUGGCUCUGGGGACUCUCGUAUGUUGAGCCAGGGUGUUAAUUUCUGGGUUUGUGUAUUUCUAUGUUGGCCAGGGUGGCUCCCAAUCAGAGACGGCUGUAGCUCGUUGUCUCUGAUUGGGAGCCAUACUUAGGUAGCCAUUAGGCAUUCAUUUGGUGUGGUUUCUUGUUCCUUUUGGUUUGUGUCUGUCCCGUAGGACUUCACGUAUCGUUUGUUGUUUUGUUCGCUGUGGUGUACUAAAAUAAAAUAUGUACGCAUCUCACGCUGCGCCUUGGCCCGCUUCUUUUCAAGAUGAUCGUGACAGAAGAAACCACCAUAACUGGACCAAGCAGCGUGUCCAGGAGCCAACGCCAGAGAGGACUUGGAAGCAGAAGAGCGAGAGUUGGGCGAGAACUAUGGAGGCCUGGUCCACGGGGAGGAGAGACACCCAGAACAUUUUUAGGGGGGGGGCUCAUGCCGUGGACGACGGGGCAGCAGGAGGCCGCGAUAGAGCGGUUAGUAGAGGAGGCCGCCAGGUUACGGGGGCCACUGGUCACGAAAGGGGAGGAAAGUGUAGAGGCACGGCGAGAGGUACUGGGGUGUGUUACCAGUCCGGUCCGGCCCGUUCCUGAUCCCCGCGUAGGGCCAGUGGUGUGUGUCCCCAGUACGGUCCGGCCUGUUCCUGUCCCUCGUACCGAGCCUGUGGUGCGCGUCGCCAGCCCGGUCCGGCCUGUUCCUGCUCCCCACACCAAGUCAGUGGUGCGUUUCGUCAGCCCAGCUCGGCCCGUUCCCGCUCCCCGCACCAAGUCAGUGGUGCGUUUCGUCAGCCCAGCUCAGCCUGUUCCUGCUCCCCGCACCAAGUCAGUGGUGCGCUUCGUCAGCCCGGGUCGGCCCGUUCCUGCUCCCCGCUCCAAGUCAGUGGUGCGCUUCGUCAGCCCGGUCCGGCCCGCUCCUGCUCCCCGCACCAAGUAAGUGGUGCGUUUCGUCAGCCCGGCUCGGCCCGUUCCUGCUCCCCACACCAAGCCAGUAGUGUGCGUCGUCAGUACGGCAUGGCCCGUGCCUGAUCCACCGGUGCCUGGGUCGGCACGGGUCAGCUGUGUCACGCCGGAGCUAGAGCAAUCCGCUCCACCGGUGUUCAGUUCAGCUCCGGUCAGCGGGGCCAGACCAGACCAGGGGUACUUUGGGGGGUUAGAGAGGGAGUGGGGGUCAUGUCCGGAGCCGGAUCCGCCGCCGAGGCGGAGUGCCCACCCGAUCCCUCCCCUGUUAUGUUUGGUUGGCGCGGUCGGAGUCCGCGCCUUUGGGGGGGGGGUACUGUCACGCCCUGGCUCUGGGGACUCUCGUAUGUUGAGCCAGGGUGUUAAUUUCUGGGUUUGUGUAUUUCUAUGUUGGCCAGGGUGGCUCCCAAUCAGAGACGGCUGUAGCUCGUUGUCUCUGAUUGGGAGCCAUACUUAGGUAGCCGUUAGGCAUUCAUUUGGUGUGGUUUCUUGUUCCUUUUGGUUUGUGUCUGUCCCGUAGGACUUCACGUAUCGUUUGUUGUUUUGUUCGCUGUGGUGUACUAAAAUAAAAUAUGUACGCAUCUCACGCUGCGCCUUGGCCCGCUUCUUUUCAAGACGAUCGUGACAUUAGUGGUUUAUCUCUCGGGCUCUGUGGGUGUGUAUGUAUGUGUUUGUGUUCGCAUGCUUGUGUGUACGAGCACAUGUAUGGCCACUCCAAUACCCCCCCCCCCCCACGCUCUCGCUCUCUCUCGCUCUCUCUCUCGCUCUCUCUCUCCAUCUACAAACAGAUAGGUGUCGCACCUUGAUCCAUCAGUGGGGAGAGGUUAUCUGUUCUGUGGGGAGGAUACAGUACAUCAUCGGUUUUUUUCUUGUUCCAGGCUGGUAGGGUUGUUUUCUCUCCUGGGUGGGUGGUGUAUAGGCCUAGGGUUGGGGCUGACUCUGGACCUAUACGUUGGAGGGCCUAGGUGUAGUGUAGCCAACAGGCGAAAGGACUGCCUAGUAAACUACCUGUUGGGGCAGGCAAAAAUGGCAGUGUGGAAGACCAGGACACAUGAGAUGCAGGGGGCAGGGUGUAAGGACCCCAUAGCUGUGCUGCUGAGGCUGGUGUAGGCUCCGCUCACACUGGAGCAUGUAUAUGGGGGCUGGUGAACCAUCUGGAGGAAUUUGUAGGGGUGUGGGGCAUCAGGGGGGUUCUAUGUACAGUGGACGAGGAGGGGGGCUUGGUUCUAACUAUCUAGGUCCAUUAAAAUUAAGAAAAGUUUGUGCUUUUAAUUAUGUAACUAUUGGGCAAAUAAAAAUCUCUCUCUCGCUCUCUUUCUCCCUGUUGCAGGUUGUCAGUGUGUGAUGAGGAUAAGUUGACUCAUAAUGAGUUCAUUGGGGAGUCUCGCGUUCCCCUGAAGCGCGUCAAGCCAGACCAGACCAAACACUUCCACACCUGUCUGGAACACCCACCCCCAGUACGAGACCCGACACACACAUGCAUGCACACACGCACCCACACUCAAACGCGCACGCACGCACACACACACAAACACACUUCUUUCAACUGCAAUCCUUUGAGUUAGCUUCUUUGGGCAGAGAUGCACAAAGACAAAAUAAGAUCACUUUCUUCCUCUGUCUUCCCUCUCUCUUUCCCCAGCUACCCUCUCCAACCACCAUGGGGACAGCACUCCGAGGAAUCUCCUGCUACUUAA